AUGAGCGCCAAGACAACCCAGAUCGGAGUGGUCGCCACGGGAGCCGGCGACGACAUCGCGGCCAACGUGGCUGUGGUCCAGGUGCCUGCGCCGACUGGCACGCCCGCGCCCGGCUAUGUGCGGGUGGCGGUCGACGCUGCGGCUGUCAACCCGGUCGACUGGAAGAUGGUCCAGUACAACUUCCUCCUGUCCAAGCUGCCGGCGCAGGUGCUCGGCAACGACGCGUCCGGCAAGGUGACGGCGGUGGGCGAGGGCGUGACCAACGUCAAGGUCGGCGACGAGGUGUACGCGUACACGCCCAUUGCCGAUGCCAACGGCGCGUUCCAGGAAGCUGUCGACACGCCGUGGUACACAGUCUUCCCCAAGCCCGAGGCGCUUUCGCACGCCGACGCGGCGACGGUUCCGCUCGCCAUCUUUACCGCUGCUGUCGCGCUCUUCAAGCAGCUGCCAAGCCUUGGUGCGGAUCUGGCGCUGGCGCCCGGCUCCGGCGCCGGCCGGCCGCUGCUGAUCUGGGGCGGCGCGUCGUCGGUUGGCCACGUCGCCAUCCAGCUCGCCAACUACGCCGGCUUCCGGGUCAUCACCCUUGCAUCGGCCAAGCACACCGAGCGGCUGACUGCCCUCGGUGCCGCCGCCGUCAUCGACUACCACGACGCCGACUACGCUGACCAGGUCGCUGCUGCUCUCAACGGCGAGCCGCUCACCCUCGCCUUUGACACCAUCUCGCCCGACACAACGCUCAAGGCCGCGGCGCUGCUUGACUCGUCGCAGCCCAGCUACAUCACCUCGAUCAACCAGGGCAUCGAGGACGCCACCUUCCCAGACAACGUCACCCACAUCUUCACCAUCGUCGUCGAGUUCAACCCCGAGUCCGAGCUUGGCCAGUGGGCUGCCGGUGCGUACGAUACCAUCGCUUCCGCGCUCCAGGCCAUCCCUAUCCAGGCGCAGAACGUGCUCGAGCUUGGCUCGUCUUGGGCCGAUCUUGCCAACGGCAUCGCCCAGCUUGCCGGCGGCGUCUCGGGCGUCAAGCUUGUUGCCACCCAUCUGUCGGCCUAGUAUUGAGAGAUAGCGAUCCGUAAACACGGCACUGAC